UUGGCUUUGUACAGGUGUGUUAAUUUGUGAAAUUAAGCAAAUUAAGGGUCACGAAGUUGGUGAAACCAUCGAGCUCGAUCUGCACACUGAGAGCCGCCUCGCUCGUAUAUAAGGGGAAAGUGUUUAAGGAACUGUUUUUCUAAGCAUAAGCAUAUAUGGGAGAGGAAAAAGAUAUGCAUGAACCAGUGAGCUUUUGGAAGAUGCCUGUUGGUGUUUUCUUCAGGGAUGCAAGGAGUGUUUUCAAAUGGGAUGUGCUUGGUAAGGAGAUAUUGCAGAUUGCAGUCCCUGCUGCUUUAGCUGUAGCUGCUGAUCCUGUCGCUUCCUUAAUCGACACAGCAUUCAUCGGUCAUAUAGGUCCAGUUGAGCUUGCAGCAGCAGGUGUAUCUAUUGCGUUAUUCAAUCAAGCUUCAAGGAUUACUAUAUUCCCACUUGUCAGUAUCACCACCUCCUUUGUUGCUGAGGAAGAUACUGUAGCAAAAAUGAAACUAGAAUCAGGAAAAGGCCAAAAAUUGGAAAAGGGUGCAGACAUGCUUGAUGACAUGGAAAAAGGGGUUGUUGAACCAAGGCCUGAGACGAAAGAUCCUGCACUAGAUGUUGCAAAUGGUGAAGCCACAGAAAAUUCCAAGUGCCUGGGCAAUGAUGAAAACAAGGAAAAUGAUGAGAAUUCAGACAUAGGACUAGAUGAAGGCAAUGAAGCAAAGAAAUCCAUUACGGAAAAUGCUAAGCUGGAGAAUGGAGAGAAAGGUGUUCCGAAAACCAGUGAACCUCAAGAAAACGGUUCAAAGACAAGUAUUGAAGAUGGUCCAUCUGUUGUUAUGAACAGUACUAAGAAGGCAAAUAUGAAGAACCAAAAGCGUACCAUUGCUUCCGCAUCAACAGCACUCAUAUUCGGUGCAGUCCUUGGCCUCCUGCAAGCUUUAUUUCUCAUGGUAGGAUCCAAAGUUCUGCUUGGUGUGAUGGGUGUGACAAAUGAGUCCCCUAUGCUAAGACCAGCAUUGAAGUACUUAACAGUGAGGUCGAUCGGCGCACCUGCUGUUCUUCUUACAUUGGCCAUGCAAGGAAUCUUCCGAGGGUUUAAGGAUACUAAAACUCCUUUAUAUGUCAUUGUCGCGGGAUAUGCAAUUAACAUUGCCUUGGAUCCACUUCUCAUCUUCGUCUGUGGUUUGGGCAUCAGAGGUGCAGCUAUUGCACACGUUCUUUCUCAGUACUUGAUGGCUCUCGUCCUCUUCUUAUUACUAACGAGAAAGGUUAAUCUCAUGCCACCAAGUAUUAAAGACCUUCAAUUCGGCAAGUUUCUUAAGAAUGGUUCUUUAUUGUUGGCUAGGGUGGUCGCUGUGACAUUUUGUGUCACCUUAGCAGCAUCUUUGGCAGCACGGCUCGGUCCAACUCCUAUGGCUGCAUUCCAGACAUGCUUACAAGUCUGGUUGACAUCAUCCCUUCUAGCUGAUGGGCUGGCUGUUGCAGGACAGGCAAUUCUAGCAUGUUCUUUUGCAGAGAAAGACUACAAAAAGGCCACUGCAACCGCAACUCGGGUGUUACAGAUGGGAUUUCUACUUGGUGUGGGACUAUCUCUUCUUGUUGGAAUUGGUUUGUACUUUGGAGCUGGAAUCUUCUCAAGAGAUGUCAAUGUUUUGCACCUUAUAAAGAUUGGCCUUCCUUUUGUUGCAGCUACACAACCAAUUAAUUCUCUCUCUUUUGUCUUUGAUGGUGUCAACUUUGGAGCAUCUGACUUUGCAUACUCUGCAUAUUCCUUGGUUCUGGUGGCCAUAGCAAGCAUUAUUUCCUUGUUCCUUCUCUCUAAAUCCCAUGGUUUUGUUGGAAUAUGGAUUGCUUUGACCAUCUAUAUGGGAUUGCGAGCACUGGCUGGCGUAUGGAGGAUGGGGACUGGAACAGGACCUUGGCGCUUUCUCAAGCGUCGUUCAUCACCACAAGUUCCAAAAUAGGAAUACUUUACGACAUUGUAUUCCCAUGAUUUUUUUUCUUUGCUAUCUCAUCUUCCGGUCAACAUAAAAUUCCAAUCUGCAAUUUCCCCCAUUUUGUAUUAUGGUGACAUCUGAAAGACACUCUGGCAUGGUUUAAUAUAUAUCGUUGUUGUACUUUGUACUGUAAUUUCACACCACCAUUGUAUC